CUAAUCUUGGGAGAGCUUUCUAUCUUUCCUCCACUUUGUCUGGAGAGCUAGCUUGAAGUUCGAAUCACUAGUCUAUUUCCAGAAUAGCUUCAAAAUUCGAUCAUCCUCUUCAAGUUUUUCCAACCCCAUCAGAUAUAGCUGACAAUUUGGACUCAGAAAGGGAGUACAUGAUGAUGAAGAGGGUAGGAAGUUCUCUAUUUAUUAAAAUAACCAGAGCUGAUGAAGGAUAUGACAUGCCAACAAAUAAAGUAAACAAUAAGUCCGUUUCGGCUGAAAACACAAAUCAUGAAGAUGACGAAUCAUUAGUUUCCAGUGAAAACAAGGUAAAUAACUAUUGGUUGAUUAAUAUUGAUGAUACGGGCGGGCAUGAAAUAGCAGAAAAUAAUAAUGUGAUUGCAAAUGGAAACAGAGAUAAACUCUUAGCUUCCUCGAUUGAAGGCAAGCUUCGCAAAGAGUCAUCGUUACCAACUCGUCGUUCCAUAUUUCGGAUCCCUAAUCUGUUGCGCAAGCACAAUGAAAAAGUUUUUGUUCCUAAUUUAGUUUCAAUUGGACCGUUUCACCAUGGAAAGAAGAACCUGCAAGCCAUGCAAGAAACUAAGCUAUGGUACUUGCAUUUGCUCCUUCAGCGAAAACCAACUCCAGACACUAAUUUGGAGUACUUUGUCAAAGUCAUUAGAAGUACAGAACAAUAUUAUCGCAAUUGUUACGAAGAAAAAUUUGAUGAUCUGAGCAGUGAUCAAUUUGUCGAAAUGAUGGUGCUUGAUGGUUGUUUUCUUAUAGAACUCUUCAAAGUGUAUGCGGGCGAGUUGACCCAAGAUAAGGAUGAUCCUGUGUGGGCUAAAUGGGUGAUCCUGGCACUUCUAAAUGACCUACUUCUACUUGAAAACCAGAUUCCUUGGAGAGUUCUUGAAUGCUUAUUCGAUAUCACAUGGAUAUCGGGAAGGCGUACUCUACCUGACCUUGCUCUCAACUUUUUUUACUCUUGGACGUUUGAAAUGAGUCCGGAAAUAGAUGGGGUGGGGAAAAAUUUGCACCUACUUGAUUUCAUAAGAAACUGUUUAAUCAGAUCAUUCGAUGAAAAUGCAGAGAAUACGAAAUCAUUUUCUUGGCAAUCGAUUCCCUCCGUGACAGAGCUGCUGCAAGCUGGGGUGAAAUUCAAACGUGGAAAAGACAAUGACAUGUUGAAUGUGACUUUCAAAGAUGGAGUGAUGGAGAUCCCGCCAAUAAGAGUUCAAGAGAAUGGAGAGUCUCUCUUCAGAAACCUCAUUGCCUUUGAACAGUGUGAACCAAAUAUCAUAAACUCCACAACUCACAUUUCCUCUUAUGCUUUUCUGAUGGAUAAUCUUAUAAACUCCAGCAAAGACAUAGAGUUUCUAGUUGAGAAAGAGAUCAUGCAGACCUUUCUGAGCUCGGAGGACACUGCCUCUUUCUUCAACAGGCUUAACAAUGAUGCCGAAUUCAGCAGUUUCUCUUACGGGGAGCUAUUCGAGAAGGUGACACAAUAUCAUCAGGGUCGCUGGCACAGAUGGCAAACAAUUCUCGGACGCGAUUAUUUUAGCAAUCCUUGGUCAAUCAUCUCUUUCGUUGCCGCCCUCGUCAUUCUAGCUCUUACUUUCAUACAAACCGUAUAUUCCAUUCUCUCCUACAAGUACAAGUAGAAAUUUUUUACUUGAAUGUGUUUUUUAGUUUACUUUAUUGCCAUGUCUUGUGCUACUAUAUUGUUGAUAGAACAUAUAUAUGUGAGCACCAGUGAUGUAUUUGUCCAUGACCAGAAUAAAGGCACUUGUAAUAUAAUUAUCACCAAUGAGUACUUUAAUCAAAUUUGUUUU